AUGCAGCAGAACGUGAGUUAUGCCACCAAGCGCGCCGACUUGUCCCUCCUUCAUGCCUCGCUGCGGCGCUUUGAGAAGGCGAUGCAAUGCACUAUGGCGGCGAUGAAUGAAGUGCGGGUAGCAUUUGAAGGAGUGAGCGGCGCCUUCAAUGGACUCACUUCAUUGAGCUCGUGUGGCACCGACGCCAAGGUCAUGAUGCAGCGCUUUGCGCAGGAAAUGAAGGAACUGAAAGACGGUAACGCGUUCUUGAUGUACAACAAGCAGGUACACGAGGAAGUGCUUACGCCAGUGAAGAGAUUGGAGGUGGCGCUUUCAGCAACGGAGAUUAACGCUCGCAUGCGCGAUAGUGCACUGAAGCGAUACGAGCAGUUGCGUUCGGAGGUAGAGCGAAAGGAGAGCAGCUACGCAAGAAGUCACAAGAGCCUGGAUACAAGUAAGACCUACAAAAAGAUUGUGGAGUCUCGUGAGAAGGCCCUCAAUGCGUACGAGACUGUGGACAGGGCGUUUAACAAGGCGUUUGAAACCCUUAUGUGGCAAACUGGAUCUGUGGCAGACGUUUCGAUGCACCGUUACAUUCGUCUGAAUAGCGAGUUCCUUAUCCAUGUAGUGCAAGCCCUUGACGGGGCGGCCCCUUUGAGACCGUACGGCGAGUCGCAAUACGCCGCUACCGAAAUUCCUGCAUCCAGUGCCACAACGUGUCGUGGCCGGACAUGUGCUUCCGCGCCCUCUUGUCAUUCAGCUGUGCCCACGGCACUGGACGGCGCAUCAGUUCCUGCGGAAGGUGUGGCUCACGGCGACUCUUUCCGCGAUGCGUCGUCUGUUGCGCUGCAGCAGGUGCAUCACGAGUGUGUACCGGAAUUCAGUGACAACCCAAUCUUCUUCCGGGCAUUCACGCCACAGGCCAACCGUCGCUACCAGGAUUAUUCCGUCAGCAGCUCACUUCAGCCGCCAACUGAGCGAGGUCCUCGUGUGGACGACUCGCACGCACAGCUGCCUGGUGGCGCCGCAGCCGAGGUGCCGCGGCCGCUGAGUGGAUUGAGUGGACUGAGCGGCAGCCGGCCUUCAGUGUACGACAGCGGUGGGCUGCUGGCAGCACAAACAGCGAGAGACAACGCGGCGGGCGUGCCGGUGCCCCCUCUCUGGCGAACACAAGACCUCUACGGCUCUGCAGAAGUGCCUCAUCAACCGGAGUGUCAAUAUAGAGUUUGCUAA